CGCCUCGUCCUCGCACAGCCUCCUCGAGUCCCCUCGUCCUCUCCGCCGGCUGCUCAGAGCUCACCGGUGCAAGUGGAAGUGGAAGCAUUCCAAUUCCAACGGCGGGAAUGGCGGCGGAGGGGAAGAGGAAGGGCGUCCCGGCGCUAGGAUGGUGGCUGAUGCUGGUCGGCUCCCUCCGCCUCGCCUCCGUCUGGUUCGGCUUCUUCGACAUCUGGGCGCUCCGCGUCGCCGUCUUCUCGCAGACGGAGAUGACUGAUGUUCAUGGCCGUACCUUUGGUGUCUGGACUCUUCUGACCUGCACGCUGUGCUUCCUUUGCGCACUGAACCUGGAAAAUAGGCCUCUGUAUCUGGCCACCUUCCUAUCAUUCAUCUAUGCUCUUGGCCAUUUCCUCACGGAAUACUUGAUCUACCACACCAUGGCUGCAGCAAAUCUGAGCACAGUUGGCUUCUUUGCAGGAACGUCAAUCAUAUGGAUGCUUCUACAGUGGAAUUCUCAUGGGAACCCUCGUGGUUCCCAUGCUGGGAAGCAGUCAUGACUAAUGCUUGGGUUGGUAGCUUGAUGUGGUCUGGCCGUCUGGCGGAGGAAGGAUGCCUGAAGAAAGCUCGCUGGAAAGCUGCCUGAUGGCUCUGCGCCAUUUGUACUUCAGUUUUCAUCAUUUUAUUUCAUUUCAUGAGACAUUUGUCCGACUGAGAGUGGGAAAGUUUCGAACAGUUGUGCCAAUAGUUAGGGAAUGACAAUUUUUGAACACUGAACUCUGGCUGAAUCAUGUAGCCAGGAGCUGUAAUAUCAUUCAGGCAUACUGCUACAGUGCUACCAAAGAAACAGAUAGCCAUUCAGAUUUACCUGUUGAGAGCUGAGAUGCCAAUAGGGCGGGUAUAGACAGGAGAUGUGGGUGUCUCAUGUACUUUUGUUGCAUCUGUACGAACCAAAGGGUGUUUGUACUCGGAUACUUUUGUCCUAUUGAUGCUGCAUGUUUUGUUCAUGA